AUGGGCACUGUUCAUUCGAGACCUAAAAAACUUACUCUUGACGAGAUCCCUGAAGAUGCAAAAUCAGAAUCAAAAUAUACUUUGUACAUUAUGAUGACUUAUCGAGAAGGAAGUGAACGUGGACCGAACCCACUUUGGACUGGAUCAUAUGAUGAUAUCAUUCAUCAAGAAAUACCUCCAAAUAGCGCCAUGUAUGGUUGGGGAUCUUCUCAGUCUUUCGAUAAAGAAAAGGUUAGGAGAUUUGUCAAAUCUCUCGAAUCGAAAAAUAUGGAUGUUGAAAUACGAUAUCGAGUGGUAGGACCAAGUCAUUAG